GGGUAAGGAACGCGUUCUCCUCAGCUCUGUCUUUCCUGACUAAUGCCCCACCGUGUAGGCUCAGCCACGUGCAUGCAUUAGCUGUUUACUAGCUUGUUUUCCCAACGUCCACUUAUUUGUGUUUCAUUGAAACACACGACGGCACCAUGGUGAAGUUAGCAAAGGCAGCAAAUAAACAAGCAAACCUGAAGAAAAAAGCCCCUCCGCCUCCAAAAGAAGUGGAGGAGGAAUCAAGUGAAGAGGAGAGCAGUGAAGAGGAAGAGGCUCCUCCUCCGAAAGCGGUAAAGAAAGCGACACCGGCCAAAGCCGCCAAGGCUGUUAAAAACGGCAAAGCCGCCAAGAAAGCAGAAAGUGAAGAUGAGUCAGAAGAGGAACCACCACCCCCAAAGAAAGCCGCUGGUAAAGCUGCGCCUGCUGAAGAGUCUGAAGAUGAAGACGACGACGACGAUGAUGAUGAUGAGUCUGACGAGGAACCCCCACCCCCCAAGAAAGUAGCCAAACCUGCUGUGAAGGCUCCUGCCAAGCAAGUGAAGGGCAAGCCUGCAAAGGAGCCCUCAGAUGAUGAUGAUGAUGAUGAAGAAUCAGAAGAAGAGGCCCCACCUCCCAAGAAGGCUGCAAAACAAGUGAAGCCAAAGGCCAAGCCAGCCAAACAGGAGGAGGAGGAUGAUGAUGAUGAAGACUCUGAAGAGGAGAUGGACACCACACCUUCUCCAGCAGCCGCAAAGGCAAAGAAGGCAGGCAUGGUGAAAGCCAAGGAAGAGUCUGAAGAGGAGGAGGAUGAUGAGGAAGAUGAUGAUGACGACGAUGAUGAUGAGGAGGAUGAUGAUGAGGAAGAAGAGCCCCCAGUGACCCCUGCCAAGAGGAAGGCGGAGAGCAAGGACACUCCACCUGCCAAGAAAGCAAAGUCAGAUGGAGAUGGUUUCUGUCUAUUUGUUGGCAACCUGAAUUCUGAGAAGGACUUUGAAGAAAUCAAAACUGCAAUGAGGAAAUUCUUCUCCAAGAAUGGCAUUGAGAUUGCUGAUGUCCGGUUAGGCGGCUCCAGGAAAUUUGGCUAUGUAGACUUUGGAUCUCAGGGGGACAUGCAGAAAGCUCUGGAGCUCAACGGUAAAAAGUUUAUGGGCCAGGAGAUCAAACUGGACAAGGCAAGGAACAAAGAGAACUCACAGGAAGAAAAGAAAGAAAGGGAUGCACGGACACUUUUUGUAAAAAACAUUCCCUUUUCUGUCGGGGUUGAGGACUUGAGGGAGCUCUUUGAAGAUGCAGUGGAUAUCAGGGUUCCACCAGGCCACAACAGCCUCAACAGAGGCAUUGCCUACAUUGAGUUCAAAACUGAGGCUGAGGCAGAGAAGAUGCUAGAAGAGGCACAGGGUUCUGAUGUGCAUGGGAGGUCCAUUAUUGUAGACUUUGUAGGAGAGAAAAGCCAGAAAGGUGCUAAGGGGGCAGGAGCAGCAGGUGCAGUACCACCGAGUAAAACAUUAGUGGUGAAUAAUCUAGCCUUCAGUGCCACAGAGGAGACCCUGCAAUCCGUGUUUGAGAAGGCUGUUUCCAUCAGAGUGCCACAGAGAGACGGCAGACCUAAAGGGUUUGCUUUUGUAGAGUUUGAGAGCAUGGAAGACUGCAAGGAAGCCAUGGACUACAUGAACAACACAGAGAUUGAAGGCCGCAUGAUCCGACUGGAGUUCAGCCAGAGCAGAGACAACAGGGCAGAAGGAGGCAGGGGAAACUCGGGUCCAACGAAGACGCUGUUCGUCAAGGGUCUCUCAGAGGAUACGACUGAUGAAACGCUCAAGGAUGCUUUUGACGGUGCAGUGGGUGCUAGAAUUGUCACAGACAGAGAGACAGGGUCUUCCAAAGGCUUUGGCUUUGUGGACUUUGACAAUGAAGAUGAUUGCAAGGCAGCUAAGGAAGCUAUGGAGGACGGUGAGAUCGACGGCAGCAAGGUGACACUCGACUACGCCAGGCCCAAGGGCGAGGGUGGAUUCCGUGGAGGCCGCGGAGGUGGUUUUGGUGGCCGCGGUGGCGGCUUCGGCAGAGGUGGUCGCGGUGGCGGAUUCGGCGGACGUGGCGGCAGAGGCGGUGGCUUUGGUGGAAGAGGUAGAGGAGGCCCUCGUGGAGGUGGUCGCGGACGCGGCGGCUUUGGAGGCGGACGAGGUGGUGGAGGAUUUGGAGCCAAGCCCCAAGGAAAGAGAAUCAAGUUUGAUGACUAAAUCCUUUUUAGUCUUUUACUUUUUGAAUGGACUCUGGUUUCAUCAGUUUUCAGAGCUUUUGGACAUUCCAGAAAGCGUCAUUGUUAUAUUUAACUGUUAAUGGGCAUUUUAGCCCUUUAUAUUUAGAACCCUCAAACUUUACCUGCCCUCCUGUGCCAAAAUGGCAUGUUUGACCUUUCAACUCAUGUGAGUAAUGAAUGUCUUGAAUGAGAUCUUGCACCCCUUCACCCGGUUAGUUUGUGUUUCUAAAGGAGUGAAAUGUUAUGGGUCUGGCAAACCAGUUUGCUGUGAAAACUGAGCUCGUCUUCUACCCCCACCCCCAAACAUACAUACAUACAUACAUACAUACAUGUGUAAAUUAAAACAGUUUGUGAUUUCCAUUUUACCAUUUGUAAAAUACACUUGUAUCCACUCUUUAUCGUUUAUCAUUUGCUUUAGUCUUGCUGUAAUGUGUAAAGCAUAUUUUGCUAGAGGAUUGAGUCCACUCAAGAGUUUGGCGUUACCAUGACAAACUGUCAUUGUGUUUUUUUUUUUUUUUUUCGGGACAUAUGUUCAAGUUGGAAGGCGAGCACCUCUGAUCUGUAACAUAUUUGUAUUGUUGACUAAUUUUUCCCAUCUGAGAAUCUAAUUGUCUGAUUGAAUAAACCGUAAAGGUGGUGAUUUUUAAACGUC